CAGACGACAAACUAGUAGCGUUUCGCUCGCCGACGGAGGAGGUUGUGUGUGUUUUUGUGUGUGUGUGUGUGGAGACCGUUAACCUCAAAACAUCACCAUGUGCAGCGACUCACGUGACUGCCGUAGGGUAAAAGUGCUCUAUACGGGAGGCACGAUUGGUAUGUUAAGGAAUGAGGAAGGAGUGCUUACACCAGUACCAAAUGAGUUUGAGAGAAAACUGAGAAGAAAUCCCCAAAUGCACGAUGCUGAGUUUGCACAAAAACUAUUUGGCGAUUCGGCAGAAAUGGCGCCUCUAGUUUUACCAGAAGUCCACGGAAUGAAAAGGAUAACUUAUUCUUUUCAUGAAUAUGAGUUCUUGCUUGAUUCUAGUAAUAUGACAAUGGAGGAUUGGGCUCUCAUAGCUAAUGAUGUACAUCAAAUUUAUGAGUUGUACGACGGAUUUGUGAUUCUACAUGGAACCGAUACUCUACCUUACACAGCGUCAGCAUUAUCGUUCAUGUUUGAAAACUUGGGAAAAACCAUCAUUAUUACUGGAUCAAUGAUCCCCAUUUUCGAUGUGAGAAGUGACGGAAUAGACAACUUCUUGUCGGCCCUUAUUUUGGCGGGAAACUACAUCAUCCCAGAGGUGUCGGUGUAUUUCAACUACAGACUGUACCGAGGUAACCGUACAGUCAAGGUCAGCUCAAAUAGAUUCGACGCCUUUGACUCGCCAAACUUCCCACCUCUUGCCACUGUUGGUCACAAAAUUGAAGUUGAUUACAGAGAAAUCUACAGGCCUUGUACUAUAGAAAAAUUCAGAGUACAAUCUAAUCUGAACAGCCAUGUUGGUCUUCUCAGGAUAUUUCCAAGUAUUCCUACACAAACUGUGAAAUCGUUCCUUCAACCGCCGUUAGAGGGAGCAGUGUUGCAAACGUAUGGUGCGGGUAACGUCCCCAGCAACCGGUCGGAUCUGAUUGAAGUAUUCCGAGAAGCCACCGACAGAGGAGUCAUCAUUAUCAACUGUACCCAGUGCUCCAAGGGGGCCGUGUCUGACAUCUAUGAAACCGGAAAAACUCUCUACGACGCAAAUGUGACACCCGGCUGUGAUAUGACUCCUGAAGCAGCCCUAACGAAGCUCGCCUAUGUUCUAUCCAAAACUGAAUGGGAUGUAGAAACAAAGCGUGUUAUGAUGAAAAGCAACAUCAGAGGAGAACUGACAGGUGAGAAGCCACCUCAACUCCAGGAGUGGGAUCUGAUAGACUCGGUGGCUCGGUCGCUGCAUCUUUCAUCACAUGAUGUCGAGCAGCUGGACUCCAUUUUGUUUCCAGCCAUGUUGUGUUCUGCCGUCCAGAAUUCAGACAUCACCAAGUUGACUGAACUCAAAGGAUAUGGUGCUAACAUGUCUUCAACAAAUUCCGACCUUAGAACUCCGCUACAUAUAGCAAGCGCCAUGGGCAAUCUAGAGAUCGUCAGAUAUUUACUAGUGAAUGGAGCGAGUAUACACAUGCGUGAUAGAAAUGAGAUAACUCCUCUGUUAGAUGCCAUUAACGGUGAACAUGAAGAGGUGAUAAAGGUACUGAAGCAGUGUGGAGCCCAUCUCACUCUCAGUCCAAAAGAGAUAGGAGAAAAACUAUGCAGUGCUGCAAUGUAUGGACAAGUGAAAAGGCUGAAAUCGUACAAACUAGCUGGUGCAAACCUAUCACAAGUCGAUGUUUUGGGAAGAACUGCUUUACACAUGGCGAUAAUGUGUAAUCAGACAGAGGCUGUGAAUUACCUUAUUCUGUCCGGCGUGGAUACUACAGUUAAAGACAAACUAGGAUUCUCUGCAAUAGACUUAGCCAAGCACAUGCAGCUCUCGCCAAUUGUGGAACUGCUAUCCUCCAACAAAGAUGGAAAACCAGAGCUUCUCCGUUCAGGGUCAAGAGUUAGUAACGGUACAAAUGGACAUUCUUAGGAAUGAAAACUUUCAGUACAAAUUUCUACAGAAUUUCCCAUUAAGAAGUUUGAGAUAAAGUGGGAACUAUAUUCGAAAGAGGCAGCCUAAAAUUCAUAAAUUGUGGAGCCUGAAUUAAGUUUAGGAAUAGACCGUUUUAGGCAUGCAAUUCAGUGCGAUUUUACGUGUAAUUGUAGGAAAAAUAAUUAUUGUAAAUCAAUAUUUGUUGUCAUAUGAGUUAUUGUAUAAACAUGUAAGUUUGAAAAGUGUCUUAAAAGCAGUUAAUGUCUUAUUUCUAGAAGAAUGAAUUUAACCUAUUUCGGACUAUGUGUAACCUUAUCUAAAUUUGGGAGAGGAAUAGAACAAGGUUACCUUAUUUUUUCUCUCCCUAUCAUUUGAUGAUGUACUUAUUGUAUCAAUCAAUAUUAAUCAAUAAAGAUAUACGGUAUAUAAACUUGAGGUUGUUUGCACAGUCAAAGCUUGAACCAAGGUACCUAGAAUACAAUGUAUUCAGUUGGCUUGAACUGAAUUUAAUCUGCUUGAGCCUUACACUAAAAAUUAACCACUUUAAACGAUUGAUACUUGAAUUUAAUUCAGUUUAAAAUUUAAUUAAAUUUGAAUUGUCAGUGUGCUAACGGCACUUGAUGUGUGUCUUUUUAACUAUAAUACUAUAGUUACUUUCAAUCAUUUUUAAAUUGUUUUAAUAAAAUUAGUUAACAGAUCUUAA